UGAAACUGGGCCGCCGGCGCGAACACGGCAUCCAGCAGCUGCCCAACAAACGACGGCGCACGAGUAAACGGUAGACUGGUGGAAUAGCAGCGGCGCACCAGCAAACGGGAGACUCGUGGCAUACCCAGCGAACAAAAGAGGAUGGAGCCUCAAGCCCGCGUGCCGCGGACGCGCGACUACGCGCUGAGGCGGGCCGCCGCCGCGACGAACACGAGCUUCUUCGUGGCGCAAGCUAGAGAAAGGGCGGCGGCGCGCGCCGCCGCCAAGUCCAAAGGCAGGAAGCAGCGCAAGGCCUGGGACGCGACGCCGCCGUCGCGACCGGCGGACCGGCAGCGCGCGCACGACGAGGCGGUCGAGAGGAGGCGCAUCGCGCGCGGCGUGCCCCCGUCGAGGCCGCAGCUCCCGGAUCCGGAACGAGAGAUCAAUCGCAUCGCGACACCGAAGUCCGCGUCCAUGGACCUGGAUGAAAUAGAAGCCCCAUGGUCGCGGACACCAGCUGAAAAAACAGUAUCAUUACUGGACGACGCCUUCCUUGAGGGUAGGAGGGCAGCCGCUAAAAGGCGAGCAGCCGCACGAGCGCCGCGCACGCCCGUCGAGGAGCGGGAAAGGGCCGCGACGCGCGCGUUCGCGACACCCUCUGAUCAGGAAAGAGCAAGGCGGCGCUUCCCCUCGGAUUCCGAUGUCCCGAGGUCCCGCCGCUCGAGCCGCUCGACGACGCCGCCGCGGCGACGGAGCCGCGGGUCGAGCGGCGACUACACUUCUACCUCGUCGAGCCGCCACCAGCCUACGCAUCGAAGAAGACGGUCCAUCGUGCACGAGGAAUCGAGCGUCACGUCAGAAUGCGUCGGCGAGCCCGCACCAAUGAGGGGGAGAGGGUACACGAGCGCGCACGUCGGCACGCGCACAAGAGGUACCUCGCCCUUCGACGACGCGAAAAUUGCAAGGUCGCUGGCCGCGUACGACAGUAACGCGCACCGCGCGCGGCUGGGCGCCGCGGCCGCCGCGGACCCUUUUUCCGCCGAAGCGGCUCGGGCUUAUACGGAGUAUGCCGCAGCCGAGGCCGCGUCCUUACCUGUGAACGACGAGCCCACGGCGUUAGCGGCGGCUCGUAGACUCGCAGCGGCAGCGACGGCGAACGCGGCCGCCGCCGCCGACGCGCAGAAGGCGCACAUCGGGGUCAUUUCCGACGUCGGCGCGAUGGCGCGCGCGGUGAGUGGCUUGGUGGACAUGGCCGCGAAGCAGGUUUCGAAGAGUGACGCGUUCGCGCUGGGCGGCGGCGAGAACGGCGCGCCCGCGGAUUUGAGGGAGUGGCAGCGGAGCGUCGAGGCGAAGCUCCAGCAGACGCUCCACCAGCAGCACCAGAAUCUGUUGCGGCAGUUGAGAAGGCCGCCGCCACCUUCUAGAAGACCCUUCGCGCCCCUGAACCAGCCGCCCUCGGAACCCAUGGGCAUCCCGCCCGCGGACUCGACGGAACUCCUCGACAAGCUCUUCUCGAAGAUCUGCGACAUCGAGCAGGCCGAGAGCGACUUGUUGGACACGGUGUCGCACAAGCCGAAGAAGCGGCCCGAGCCGAUACCGCCACCUGUUAAUGAUACGAUAACGGUCCCCGAGGACGUCGCCGCUCAUUUAGGUAUUCCAAAACCCGACGUCGUCUUCCAUAUACCUGAAGGUAACAUGGCCCCGGAGGUUGAACAACCGAAGAACCUGCACGCCAAGGAUUGUUCUGUUCCACCCAGAGUGGUGGGGGAGAUCCUCGAGUACCGCGACGCCGUGAAACGAGCGGCGGAGCUUUCCGCGGCGGAAUUAUUUGGGACGGGCCUGACCCAGCCGCAGAUCAUCGAGGCCCUCGCCGAGGAGCUGCUCGAUUCCGUGUUAUCGGAGGCGACCUCAGAGCUGGACCUUGCCUUAGAUGAGUGCUCCCAGGCUAUCCUAGAAACAGCGUAAGUA